CAUUUUAGUUUCAGUUCAGUUUCCAAUCUCGAUCGUUCAUGAAAUCUUAUAGGGAAAUCUUUCGCUAUGUCUUCUGGCUGUGUUCACUACAUCAGACGCUGUUCUUUAUUGGCUCCUUGCUGUAAAAAAUACUACAACUGCAGGUUGUGUCAUAAUGAUAAAGAAGAUCAUGAACUCGACAGAAGUACUGUGGAAGCUCUUAAGUGCCUUCAGUGUGAUUCUUCCCAAGAGGUCAAUUCCCAUUGUAAAAACUGUGGAAUAAAAUUUGGACGAUACUAUUGCGAGAUCUGUCGCUUGUUUGAUGAUACAGAGAAGGGGCAGUUUCAUUGCAGUGGUUGUGGAAUUUGCAGGGUAGGUGGGGUAGAGAACUUCUUCCACUGUGAUCGUUGUGACAUGUGCCUUGGAAUUCAACUGAAGGACUCACAUAAGUGCGUUGAAAAGAGUUCUCGGUCCGAUUGUCCCAUUUGCUAUGAGGAUAUUCACACCUCAAGAAUACCAUCUCAUGUACCCCCGUGUGGGCAUCUACUUCACAGCUCUUGCUUCACCAAGUUGCUGGAGUCAGGGUACGUAGCUUUCUUUUUUUU